ACAUUACAAAUCUAUCGUCGGGCUGUCAAGCAGGCAGGUUGUGUUUUGAGGGAUUUAGUUUCAGAUUGAAACUCCAGAAAUCGAGAGCGAGUGAGCGAGAGACAGAUAGAGUGACAAAUAGAAGAAGAGAAGCCGCGUAGCCCGAUAGCAUGUCGAACCUGUCCUGUAAAGCCCAAGGCAGCACGUCCGAAACGAAGAGCGUGCAGGAGUCGUCGUCCCCGAUGGCAGCGAAGGCGCUCCCUGCUGGCGAGGAGCCGACUCGCGAUGAGAACGCGCCCAGCACCAGCCAGGGACGCCAGCACCGCUGCAGCCACCACAGCAGCAGCGCCGGCAGCAGCAGCAGCCGCCACAGCGAGCAGCUGCUUCAGGCAGGAGCUGCCAGCAGCAGCAGCGGUAGCAGCAACGACAACGACAACUACAACGACAACAUCAACGACGCUAGCCACAGCCGCAGCCACAGCCACAGCCGAGUUGGCUCGGCCACGCCCAUGACCCAGCUGAACGGUCCGGUGAUGCGCAUCAAGCGGGAGCUGAACGAGAUCAUGCAGAAUCCGCCGCCCAAUUGCAGCGCCGAGAUGUACAAGGAGGAUCUGUUCCACUGGAAGGCGAUCAUCAUGGGGCCCAGCGGCACGGCGUACGAGGGCGGCAUCUUCAAGCUAGACAUACGCUUUCCGGGCGCGUAUCCCUUCCGUCCGCCACAGAUCCGUUUCAUAACGCGCAUCUAUCACUGCAACGUGGACAGUCGCGGCGUCAUCUGUCUGGAUGUGCUGAACGAGCGCUGGUCGCCGGUGAUGAACAUUGCCAAGGUGCUGCUGUCCAUUUGGGUGCUGAUUGGCGAGUGCAAUCCGAAUGAUCCACUAGUCAUGGGCAUUGCCGACCAGUACAAAUGCAAUCGCAAGGAGCACGACAAGGUGGCGCGCUACUGGACGAAGCGCUUCGCCAUGCCCAAGCCCAAGGCCAGCUCCAAGGCCGAGCAGGAGCUAAUGCAGUCGAACGCACAGGAGCCGGACAAGUCGGAUCAAGUGUCGAGUCAGGCGUCUGCUCAGAUGUCGGAUGAGGCGUCGGCUCAGGUGUCGGCUCAGGCGUUGGAGCAAGUGCUGGAGCCACUCUCGCUGCAGUCCGUGCCGGAGCAGCACGAAGAGGCAUCUGAGCUGAACCAGAACCAGAACCAGACCCAGACCCAGAGCCAAACCCAGAACCAGGCACAGGCACAGGAUCAGCAGGAGCCGGAGACAACGGUGAGCAGCGGAACAGGCAGUGAUGCCGCUACUGUUAACCCGAACCGUAGCGAACUUUAGACAGAUUUCCCCAUAAUAAACAGACUGCAAAUUUA